CAGAAACAUGCCAACGUCGAUAAAAUGAAACGUAAUCUGAAGACGGUGUUCAAGUUUCUCUUGCUUUCAGGAACGACCGUUGUUUUCACGGUUUUGCUAUUCAGGAUUUUUAAAAUUCGAUCGACGUUUGAAAGCCAUGAACGAGGUUUGCCUUUAGAACCAAGCGAGGUGAGGAUCAUUAGUAAUGAAAAGAUUGAUUGGCAUGAUUAUGAUGCUAUAAAAAGGGAUUCAUUGAGGAGAGGUACUGGGGAACAAGGCAAACCUGCAUUUUUAACUGCAGCCGAAUCAGAUAAUUAUGAAAAGUUAUACAAAGUUAAUGGAUUUAAUGCUGCCUUAAGUGAUCAAAUCGCAAUUGAUAGAGCUGUGCCUGAUAUACGUCAUCCAGGAUGUAAAUCAAAAAAAUAUCUCAAAGAUCUGCCAACUGUUAGCGUCGUAGUCCCCUUUCAUAAUGAGCACUGGACAACUCUGCUCCGAACAGCUGCCAGUGUAGUAAACCGAUCACCUCCACAUUUGCUCAAAGAAGUUAUCCUAGUGGAUGACUGUAGCACUAAAGAAUUUAGCAAAAAACCUCUCGACGAUUACCUCGCCGCUAAUUUAACAAAAGUUCGGGCAAUUCACUUGCCGGAAAGAAGCGGUUUGAUACGUGCCCGCCUUGCAGGAGCUAGAGUAGCAACAGCCGAUGUUUUAAUUUUUUUGGAUUCACAUACUGAAGCUAAUGUUAAUUGGCUACCGCCUCUUCUAGAACCAAUCGCGCAAGACUACAAGACUUGCGUUUGCCCAUUUAUUGACGUUAUUCAGUAUGAGACAUUUGAAUAUCGGGCGCAAGAUGAAGGGGCAAGGGGGGCUUUCGACUGGGAGUUUUUCUACAAACGUCUUCCAUUGUUGCCUGAGGAUUUGGAGCAUCCGACUGAACCUUUCAAGAGUCCAGUCAUGGCUGGAGGUUUGUUUGCCAUCAGUAGGAAAUUUUUCUGGGAGUUGGGGGGUUAUGACGAAGGGUUGGAUAUUUGGGGGGGUGAACAGUACGAAUUGAGUUUUAAAAUAUGGCAGUGUGGAGGCUUAAUGGUCGAUGCUCCCUGUUCAAGGGUUGGACAUAUCUAUAGGAAAUAUGCCCCGUUUCCAAAUCCGGGCAAAGGCGAUUUUGUUGGGAGGAAUUAUAGAAGAGUUGCUGAGGUCUGGAUGGACGAAUACGCCGAAUAUUUGUACAAACGUCGCCCUCACUAUCGAGAUAUAGAUCCCGGGGAUUUGACAAAACAAAAAGCCUUAAGAGAGAAGUUACACUGUAAGCCAUUCAAGUGGUUUAUGGAGAAAGUGGCCUUUGAUCUACCUCUGAAGUAUCCCCCGAUUGAACCUGGAGAUUUUGGAGUCGGAGAAAUACGAAACUUAGCAGCUCCUGAGUUAUGCGUUGACUCGGGCCAUAAGGACCGUGACCAGGUUAUAGGCUUAGCUGAAUGCGUCAAAGGGACGAACAAAAACGGCGAACAAAACUUCGCCUUGACCUGGCACAAGGAUUUGCGAGUAAAGGGCAAAACUUUGUGUCUGGAUGUUUCAGAUCCUAACGAUAAGGCGGAUAUUGUCUUGUACCCCUGUCACGGAUCUCAAGGGAAUCAGUAUUGGAGAUACGAUGUUGAGAAACAGUGGUUUUUGCAUGGGGGUAAUCCAAGGUGUUUGGAUUGCGAUCCCGGCCAACGUCGCCUCUACGUCACGAAGUGUGACGACCAAUCCAAAACUCAAAAAUGGAGGUUCGAAAAUGUUAAUUUGACCAUGAUCGCCGAUUGGGAGAAUGUCGGUGUUCGCUUCUAGCGACGUACUUAAUGUAAAGUAUUAUCAGUGUUUACCUACACCUUUUAAAAUGUGCUAAAAAGUGAUUAUUUUACGUAAUUUAAUGUAGGUAUACAUGUCCUUACGGUGCAUUUCGAAUUCGAGGACUCUAAUUGUUUAUCAAUGUUUUUCCCUGACGCUGCUGUGAUAUUUAGCGUUUAUUUUUAGAAUAAAAUUGUUGCCAUAUUUUGAAGUUGUAAAUGGAUUAUUUAAAUUUGAUACCUUUUAUAGGCGGAAUUCUUUGUAGGAUUAUUGUCAAAUCCGAUACGUAUUUAAUAAAAAUAUCCACAAUGAACA